AUGGGCAACCAGCAAGCGCGCUUGGUGCGAUGUGAGGAGCUCCCGGUCCAGAGUGAAGCGAAGACGGAUCUGGACAAGGACCAAGACUUCAAGCUACCCUCGCACGCUGAGGUGCAUGCCAACGCGAAGCCAAUGUUCUCAUCAAAGUGGGAGCGCGCUGUGGCUUAUCAUCAUGGUCUUUAUGUGCCUGAGAAAUAUGCCGCGACCAAGACGGCCGAAGACAUCCGUGUGGCUGUCGCCGACUACUCGGACAAGGUGCACAAGGAUUCCCCCAAGGAUGCGUGCAAGUACCUGCAGAUUGAGGAAUUUCGCUGCUUGAACGUCCAUCAGUUUGAAAGCCAGCCGGAGGUGGCAGCAAAGAAGUGCAUGAAGUGGUGGGAUGAAGUUCAGAAGUGCCAGUGGGACCAAGCAAAGUUCAAUGCUGGAACGACUUACAUUGAGGGACCACAGAUGCGCCGCCGGCGUGCCUACAUCUUCUACCCGGACUUCAAAUAUGCGUGA